CGCCCUCUUAAACGCGGCUCUCCAGCCCCUCCGUCCUUUCCUUCUCGCCGCCGCCGGAGGAGCAGCGCCAUGGCCAAGGAAGGAGCCGAGAAAGCCGAGGAGACGGAGCAGAUGAUCGAGAAGGAGGCGGCCGAAGGCGGCGGCGGCGGCGACGGAGGGAACGGCGGCAACAACGGCGGCAACAACAGCAGCGGGGUCGGCGGCGGCGGCGGCGGCGUCCAGAAAGCCGGGGAUGCCAAAGAGAUGCGAGCCGUGGUGCUCUCCGCUUUCGGGGGCCUCAACAAGGUCCGGGUGUCUAAAAAAGUGAUGCCGGAGCCUCAGGAAGGAGAGCUGAAGAUCCGCGUGAAAGCCUGUGGCUUAAAUUUUAUUGAUCUGAUGGUUCGCCAGGGGAACAUUGAUAAUCCACCAAAAACACCACUUAUACCUGGAUUUGAAUGCUCUGGAAUUGUAGAAGCUCUGGGUGAAAACGUGAAAGGCUAUGAGAUUGGAGACAGAGUCAUGGCAUUUACUAACUACAACGCCUGGGCGGAGGUUGUAUGCACACCUGUUGACUUUGUGUACCACAUUCCCGAUGACAUGAGCUUCUCCGAAGCAGCUGCUUUUCCUAUGAACUUUGUAACGGCGUAUAUGAUGCUCUUUGAAGUUGCCAACUUGCGAGAAGGCAUGUCAGUGCUGGUUCAUUCUGCUGGGGGCGGAGUGGGACAAGCUAUUGCUCAGCUCUGCUCAACGGUUCCCAAUGUUACUGUCUUUGGAACGGCUUCUUCUUUCAAGCAUGAGGCCAUUAAAGAGUCUGUGACCUACCUGUUUGACCGAAAUAUGGAUUAUGUCCAAGAAGUUAAAAAAAUCUCUGCAGAUGGUGUAGAUAUUGUCCUGGAUUGCCUUUGCGGUGAAAAUACUGGUAAAGGCCUCAGUCUACUCAAACCACUUGGGACUUACAUUUUAUAUGGUUCAUCAAACAUGGUUACUGGGGAAACCAAAAGUUUCUUUAGCUUUGCAAAAUCAUGGUGGCAAGUGGAGAAAGUAAACCCUAUCAAACUUUACGAAGAGAACAAAGUCAUGGCUGGAUUUUCUCUGUUGAACCUGCUUUUCAAACAGGGCCGAAGUAGCCUUGUCACUAAAGUAAUGGACAAUCUCAUAAAACUUUACAACGAGAAGAAGAUCAAACCAGUGGUUGAUUCACUGUGGGCGCUGGAAGAGGUGAAGGAAGCAAUGCAAAGAAUCCACGACAGAGGUAAUAUAGGAAAAUUAAUUCUGGAUGUGGAGAAGACACCUACUCCUUUGAUGGCUAACGACAGCACAGAGACCAGCGAAGCUGCCGAAGAGGAAGAAGACCACGAGGGGGACAAUGAGAACAAAGAGUGUAUACCAUUCAUUCAACAGUAGUUGGAAAAGGUGGGAACGAGAGCUGGAAGAGUUGAUAAAGCAGAAGAAGGGAAGACAACUGGGGAAACCCAUUUUGUGCACCAGUGAACAAAUGCUCUAGUACAGUGUUUGCUGUUUUGUUUUUUCCUUUUGUCUGCAGUCAGCUGAGCUAUCAGGUGUUGGUCAUUGAUGUUUUGAACUGAAGUGCCAUUCUGACUUUCCCAGUAUUAUGACAUUCCAUCCUGUGGUCUCCAGUUUGCCUGUAAGAGUCUUGUUGAAUCCCUAUCAAAAGCCUUAUUGUCAUCUACAGCGAUAGGAGACACAAACAUCUUUCCAUGUUGGUUCCAGAAACAAAUUUUCGAUCCACUUUGAUAGGGUUGACAUGGGUUAGUUUUGGAGAGUGGUGGGAUGUUAGGUUCUGUGGACAGGGUAGUCGAUAUGUACAGUAAUUGCAGGCAUGCAUAGCCUGAACUCUUCUUGGCAUUUUCUUCACUUAAAACAUGAGUAUGCCAGACCAACCCCCAACCUAUUAACCAGCUUUAUUUAGGUAAUUUUAAAUUAAAAUUGAGAGCCAGUUUAAUGUGAUAGUUAAAGCAUCAGGCUAGAAAGCAAGAAACUGUAAAUUGCAAUUCCACUUUGGGAACCAAGCCACCUGAGUAGCCUUGGGCCAGUCACUUUCUCUCAGCUCUAAGAACCAGGCAAUGGCAAAUCACUUAGGAAAAACCUUGCCAAAAAAACAAACCAGCACUUCAGGGACUUGUUCAGGCAGUCUCUGAGAACUGGACACAAUUGAACAGAAGAGAAACAAGUUAAAAUUAGUGAUUUGAUAAUAUGGGGGGGAUAUGGAUGGAGAUAAAUCAAGCUAUUAAAAUGUAUUUAUAGUCAAGGAAACAAGAAAAAUAUUUAAAGCUUGCUUUCUCUUGGGUGACAGUUAACUUUUUGUCUUUCCCCAGCCCUAUGACCUGUUCAGACUGAUCCACAGGCAAACUUUGUAGUCAUGUUUUGUAAUAAGUGGGAAAGUUAGUACAAAUAGGCCCUCUCUGUUGAUAAACUGAUACAAAGCCUUAAACCAUCUCAUAGGCCAUGACAAAAUUAUAAUCAUGAACUGGACAAUGAUACGAAUGAACCCUGAUAAAUCUAUGUGCACACAAAGCCCUACCCUACUAUACAUUUGAAGAACUGUUCAUGAUGUAUCCAUAAAUGUGUAUCUUCUCCUUUAUGGGCAUAAAGAAGGAAAAUCCUCUCUUGAAUCACAAACUAAGGCUACUGUGGUAAGCAAUUACCAAUUUUUCCCACUCUGUAAAAUCACACCAUCUUUGUUAAAUAAGCAACUCCUUCUCAUUUCUCAAGAAAAUACCUCAUGUGUACAAUAUUGUAUGGUAUACAAAAAAAAAAAACCAUCCUCAAGAGAUGCUAAGACGCACUGAUUUGUGUAACUCUCAGUGUAUAAUAGUUGUUACGGGAAUAGUAGCAGCUCAAGACUCCACCAAUUAAUUAAAAUGGGUUCGUUGAAAAUAUUGCCAACAAAUGUUUAUCGUUGGUUUGCCUAAAUUAUAUUAUUGUACAAAGAAAAUUCUUCGGAAUGACUUUAUACUUUCAUAUCCUAAAAGUUUGUUUAGCAUCUUUUUUUUUUAGCAUUGUUAAGCAAAACAGCACUCUUAAUAAUACUUAAAAGGUAGCUCAAGAGUAAAUAUCUCCAAUCCACACAUUUAAAGAAAUAUUAGUCUCUUAAUGCUUUAUCCAAAUGCUGACACUUUGUGUAAACCUCACAUUAUUCUUGUCUCAUUACCAUUUUUCUUAUAGGGAAAAAAGUACUGUGAUUCCAUAUCUUGUAGUCACAGAGAACGUAGAUUUCCUAUGCAGUUUUAGUGUUAUCCGCCUUAUUAAUCAAAGAAAAUAUUUGUCCAAAUGUCUUGGAGAACCACUAAACUAUUACUAACAUCUUUCCCCAAAAGAAAGAUGCAUUUGGAUUAACGUAUUAUUUUAAAUAUUCCAAUUUUAUUUUUUUCUAAUUUUCGGAGAGGUGCUGUCUGUCUGUUGAACAGUUCGGUUCUGUUAUGAUUCUAAAAGGUGGAUUUUGACAAUAAGCCAUUUUACAAAGGUGAUUCUGUUGUUCCUUGAAGCUGUCGAUCAACCAAACCACAGAUGAAAACAAAUCAAGUUAAAGAUGAUUACAAACUCAAAGUAAGGGAGGGAGUUGAGAUAUCACAAUGUUAGAAUAAUUGGUCAUUAUUUAUACACAUCAUUUAGUCUAAGUAUAUCACUUUUCAGAGUGAUGGUAAAUAAAACAGCCGCUUUAGGUGUGGUAUGCAGUCCAAUCAGACUUAAUAGGAAUUUUAUCGCCAUUAGUUUUUAGAAGGCGGGUGGGAAUUUGCCAUUCCUGCAUUAUUACUCUCCCCCCUCAAAUCUCUAGGUGGGGAAAAUGGCUUUAAUGGUAGGAGAACAUCUAUACUAGUUUGGAAUUGCAACAGGUCUGAGCUAGAUUGGGAAACAGAUCCAUUCAAAUGAUUUGAUUUGAUUUUGAAAACCGAUCGGAUUCGAUUUGCAUUGCAUUGACUCAUAAAACUGACAUCAUGAGUCCAUUCAAAAGUUUGGAUCAAGCAAGCAAAUUGAUUCAAUUUUUUUUAAAGCCAUUUUUUUUGCAUCUCUACCAAAAAAAAAAAAUCAAAAAAAAUCCAGAUCACUUCAAAAGGAUCCAAUAAUAAUAAUAAUAAUAAUAAUAAUUUUAUUUCAAUAAGAUUUAAGCUUCUGUUCAAUGGUAUUUUUUAAAAGUCAGUUUGUUUUCAAUACUUGAUCGAAUCUCUUUCAGGUAUAAUCUUCUUCAGACCGAACGUUUGCACAUUAGUAAAAAUGAAGAGCUCUGAUUCAAGCCCUGCUUUUGGAAUUUCACUGGCAGCAUCAUUAUAACCCCACUGUGGUUUAUAAGAGCCUGCUCCAGUUAUCCACUGCCCUGCCAAUCGAUUUUAUAUCCAUCAUUAAAAUAAUAUUCCUGCCGCAUUCUAAUUCUACCACCAUCAGCCUUCUCUUAUUACCCAGGUAUCUCUAGCAGUGCAACGAUGAUUAAUAGCCACUUUCUUCAUGGAUUGGUUUCAAUCCAGUUUUGAAAGCCAUUUAAAUUGCAGCUGUUGCACAUUCCAUUUUUGCGACUCAUACGGAAGCUUUUUUUUUUUUUUGCGGUAAAUCGAUGUAUCUCCGCAGAAUGCCAUCUCUUCAAGAAUAUAGAAGAAAGCAAAAAGGGAUGGAAUGAAGGGACCAUGUCAAACAAAUUGCAAAAGAAUGCCAUCAUUUAGGUGUGUUUUAUGGGCAGGAGCCAUUGCAAGCUUACCACUGUAAUCAAAUCAAACUUUAUUUUGGUCAUUAACCAACGUAUAUACCAGUAUCAAAAGUUUCCUCUUCCAAGAAGUUCAGCUGAUCCUUCACUUUAGAUUUUGGAGAACAGAGAUGACUUUGGUAAACACUCCCUGAGUGGGCCAACCUUUUCACAUCGUUGCGGCUAUCCACCUAUUUAUCUUCUUGUUUUUAAUUCAAUCCCCAGAGAUGCCCAGCAAUUAGAAACUAGACCAGUGAAAGCCAAGAAUUUAUCAUAAGCUCUUAACUUACGCAGGGGCAGAUGCCUUAAAACUCCCAUCUUGACAUUUUUACGACUCAACUUUUUGAAAGGAAACUCUUAGAAAUAAGGCAAAGCUGCAGGGAUUGCUUUUGAUGGAAGAGAUUCCUCUCCAUGGCUAAAUAACAGAAUAACCGAAUUGGAAGGGACCUUGGAGAUCUUCCAGUCCAACCCCCUGCUCAGGCAAUUUUCAGACAAAUAGACUAACUUUCAGAUGAAGCAGAGUUCUGGAGCACAGAGGGGAAACGUUACAAUGUUUUCUGUACCAUGCACGCGAUAGAAAUGAAUGCACAAAUCCCUAAAUCUCUGUGUUGUCCUCUGGAUACAGUCUUCCUCACUAAUUUAGAAGGUUUUGUAAUCCCUUAGGCCUGCCUUUUAAUCCGUUGUCCAUCAGACUUAUAUCACAGAAAGAAAAAGGCAUUCCUGCUUUCCCCUUGCGCAGGUUUGCCCUUCAUGAUGAUGGCAAAGAUACCCAGAAGGCAGCCAAGCCAAAGCCGAAACCUCUAGCCAGCAAUGUAAAAUUUUAUUAUUUCACCUGAUUUUCAUCUUGAGUAUGCCCAUCAGCAAAAAGGUAGAAUCAAGACUGAGUGUAUAAUCAGAGAGAAAGGAAGGCAGAAAAUUAAUUGGCGUGAGAUUAGCCUUGGUUCCCCCACUCUCUGUUUUAGAGAUGUCGUGAUGAUAGCAUUCUGUGAUUCAGCUCCUUUUGUGCUUGAAGGCCAAGGUACACUGGAAGUAACGCUAAGUUUGCUCCUCUUCAGCUUUGAUGUUGCCUUUGGGUUGCAACCCUUUGAUAACUCAAGACAAAUUGAUCUCACGCUUAGUCCUGCAGCAUUGCAAAUAUUGAAAGAAAGUGGUGAGCAUUUGUGGAUCAUUUAUUUGCUUUGUUGUUGUUAGUUGCAAAGUCGUGUCCGACCCAUCACGACCCCAUGGACAAUGUUCCUCCAAGCCUUCCUGUCCUCUACUAUCCCCCGGAAGCCGUUUAAGUUCACACCUACUGCUUCAGUGACUCUAUCCAGCCACCUCGUUCUCUGUUGUCCCCUUCUUCUUUUGCUCUCAAUCUUUCCCAGCAUUAGGCUCUUCUCCAGUGAGUCCUUCCUUCUCAUUAGGUGGCCAAAGCAUUUGAGUUUCAUCUUCAGGAUCUGGCCCUCUAAAGAGCAGUCAGGGUUGAUCUCCUCUAGGACUGACCGGUUUGAUCACCUUGCAGUCCAAGGGACUCACAGGAGUCUUCUCCAGCCUCAGAGUUCAAAGGCCUCAAUUCUUUGGCGCGCAGCCUUUCUUAUGGUCCAACUUUCUUUAUUUGCUUAGAACACUUAAUUGUGGAAAUAACUUGAGAAACACAACUGUCCUUGGAUGAAUUGUUUUGAAACAUGCCAGUGUGCUUAUAUUUUAUAAGCUAGAGAAAGGCUUUCACAUCGAGUGGAAUGAAAAUAGCCCAACAUUCAUGCAAACUAUCAGUGCCUGUGAUCUAUUGAAUUCAAUCUUAUGUGCCUGAGCUUCACUGGACCUUUGGAUUUUCUUCUGGGAUUAGGUGAAAGAGUGCAAAGCAUUGAAAGCUUCCUCCAAACACUUGGCUUACCUCCUCCCCAUCUGUUCACAAAGCAACUUUAUUUCCCUAAAAUUGCAGCCUGGCUCUUCAGGGAAAUUUAGAAAGGGAUCUCAUCCCUUUCGAAAGAGAUAACUGCCCACAUCAGAAUACAUUGGAGGUACAGCAGGUUAUAAUGCCCCAUAUAGGUGAAGAAAUACCUCUGUAGGUGGAAAGCAGUGGCAAAUAAAGUCUCAAAAUCCAUCAUUAACAGGUCUUGCUUUCAAUGUGCAGGGAAAAACUGGAUGGAGGUGGAGAAUUUAGUUUGCAAUUUUGCCAACUUUGGGGUUGGGUAGACUCCUGUCUCUUAAGGCAGCAGGAGACAUUAUAUAGAGAAGGAAUUUUAUUUAAUCAGUAUUAUUACUGGGGAACAGAGUUCGGAAUCUUGGAGCCCCAAACCUCUUGUUAUUAAUCUGCUUUCAAAUUUUUCCUCUAAUGAAUUGAUUGCUUUCAUCUAGUAAAAAGGAAAUGAGUUCCCAGUUUGGAUUAUGGAACUAUGACAGCCUCUCUUCAUCAUCCACCUGAACUAAGUAAACUGAAAUGUUUGUUUUAAUUGUUCUCUGUUGCUUUUAAGCUUUUGUUAUAUUGUGCCUACCAAGCAAAUGAUGUUUACAUAAAAAUAUAAAUAAACUAUGAAGCAUAGCAUUAA